CCGUAAACCUCGCGAACAGCAGAUUCGAUUCUCAGCUCAAAUAGCCAUUGACGAAGAUGGGUUUCUUGAAAAAGUUACUACACCAAUCACCCUCCAACCAUGCGCCAGCGUCCGCCAACACCUCUCCCUCAUCCCUACACUCCGACCUCUCCACCCUCCGCGACUCCAUCAUCGCCGGAACAACGCAAACAGUCGGCGUAAACCUCGGCUCCCUCCUCCAAUACGAACAUUGGAUGUCUGCUAACUCCCCCGUCGCGCGCCUCCUCUCCAACCUACCCAACGGCUCCGACAUCGCGGGAAAGGGCGAGCUGCAGAUUAUGCGAGCGUUCCCCGAUCACAGGGCAGAGCUUGAGAGAGCGUUUGCGGAGCAUAGGAGGAGUAUGGUUACGGAGGAGGAUUUCCGGAUGAUGAGCGAGUAUGGAAUCAACUCGAUACGCGUCCCGGUGAAUUGGGGGAUCAUGCCCAUCGACUCCGGAGGAGGGGUUCCCCAGGAAUGGAAGGAUUUCGCACCAGGUGCCCUCGAGGUCUUGGACAACAUCAUCAACAACUGGGCACCAAAUUACGGAUUGACGGUGCUGUUAAGUCUCCACGGGCAUAAGGGCACGCACGGGAACAACGAUCACGCAUGUCCCGGAGGCGGCGGUGUCUUUUGGGAUAAAUACCCCGAAAAUCAGCAACACUCAAUCGACCUCGCAUCCUGGCUCGCAAACCGCUAUAAAUCGUUCCCAGCCUUUCUCGGUAUCGGGCUCAUGAACGAACCCUGUGACGUAAACGAGCAGGUCGUGCGGGAGUACUACGAGAAAGCCUACAAAGCCGUACGAAAAGUGAGUGACUGCCUCGUCGUUAUUGCGCCUAUGCUGUGGCAGCAACACCCCAACAAUGGAUGGGAAGACGUUCUUUCUGGGUCGAGAUAUCACAAUAUCCGGGAAGAAUGGCACCCAUACUUCUGCUUCGGCGACGAAUGGGCCCACAAAUCCCCCUCAGAUCUCAUCGGUUACACCGACCGAGACCUCCACCAGCAAUACCUGAAUCCCAGAGGCCACCUCAAGCUCGCAUCCGAAUGGUCUUGCGCAUCCGCACAACCCAUGUCUCCCGAACAAAUGCGCGAGUUUGCGGGAAAUCAGUUGGAGGCUUAUAGGGAGAUUUCGGGAUUCUAUUUCUGGACGUGGAGGUAUUGGGAUGAGAGGGAUAAUGAGUAUGUUAAUGGGUGGAGUUUGAAGUCGUUGUUGAAGAAUGGGGUUAUUACGAGGGCGCAGCUGAGGGAGGCUUGGUGAACGCUACGUGGCGAAGGGUGGUGAAGGGCGGUGGUCCUUGGGUGGUGAAGCCUGCGGCUCGACACCGUCGGUAG